UCUGAUAAAACAACAAAGUAAACUUUGCAUAAAUGCGUGUGAAAAAUUUUCGCGCCGUAUAAAAUUUUAUUUUUUCACAUGUUCUUUUCGUUUAAAUUGCUAUUAAUUAACUUAAAAAGUUAAAAUAACUAAUAAACAAAGUGCAAAUUAUAGUUUAGUUAAAAAAAAUUGUAAGAAAUAAAAGAAAAUUUAUGUUUUUAUAGCAGUGAGUGUGUUUGGAAAAGAGAUUGUGUGUGAAAAUUAGCUAGAACAAGAAGAAAAAGAAGCAGCAGCGGCGUAGCGUUGGUGUAAGAAGUGCGAAAAAGGAAUAGAAGAACGAAAAAACAAAAAAUACCAAGAAAAUAAAUAUGAAGAAAAUGCCACCGCAAAAGAAACGUGAAAAAGAAACAAAAGAUGCUGUGGCAUCUGCUGCUGCCUUAAAUGGUAACAACAACAAUAAUAAUAAUAGCAAUCAUAAUAACAAUUCCACAUUAGUGGACAAUAAACAACAACAACAGCAAAAUGCAGUAAAUGGUAAUAGUGCUGAAGCAAUGACAGCCAUUGGCACAACUACAGUAGCUACGGCGGCGUCAGCAGCAGCAGCAGUAGCAGAACAAACUAAACUUAAUAGCCACCAGCAAGAGCAGGAACUCUUUUUGCAGGCUUUUGAAAAACCCACACAAAUUUAUCGUUUUUUGCGUAAUCGCCACGGUACUAGUCCUAUUUUCUUGCAACGUACUCUUAGCUAUAUGAAGGAACGCAUGUCUCGUACUCAUCGCAAACGUAAUAAUUUCAAAAUUAACACCAUGCUAGAUGUUUUAACACAAAAAAGUCAAACUUUGUCGAAUAAUUAUCUUAAUAUCAUUUAUAAUGGUUUGUUUGAGAAAGCAGCCAGUGGAGAACAUGCCUGGCAGGCGGGUGAUAAGGUGACAGUGGAAUCUACUUUGUAUAAAAUAACCAAAAGUAAACGUAAAGAUAGUACCUCAGAUUUUCAAGAAAUUUUGACCUACAGUUCCAGUGUUAUUUAUAAUCCUGUUGAUAACCUGCAACAAUUUACUGCCAUUUCCAUACCUGCUCAAUCUAUACAUCCAUUGGGUGAUCAACACACCAUCUAUAAACUAUUGUUUCGCAUUAAAGUUAAGCCCGCCGGACAGGAAGAUGUUAUAGCUAAUGGUGGUCAUGAGGACACUCCCACCAAACGCUCUAAACUUGCCACUAAGUUGUAUGGCUGUGAAUUAAUCGUUUAUGAAAAGAAUAGCGGCUGUAUACCCGAGGGUGAUUAUGAGGCCGCUUUACAAGAGCUUAAUUCUUCAAGUAUUAAAUCAUUUUCACCAAAGAAACGCAGCUGGGAAACUUUACCCGAUAAUUACAUUCCAAUAACUAUGAAAUUUGAUGUCUUCAGUCAAUAUCCAACUUUAAAGUUUCGUUUAACCUGGUCGGCCAAUGAAUUGCCCAAGGAAAUCUCUUUAACUGAAAUGGAUACCUAUUGUACAUUUAACGAUUUAAGCCAUGGCAUUGAUUGUGAGAAUACCAAUACGACCAACAACAAUGAUCAAAUAAAUCACAAUAAUAAUUGCCUGAAAACAGCAACAAAUAUGUCAUCGACAACGACUUCCUCUACAGCAACAACCAAAAAUAAUGGCACAUCUAAUAAUAACAACAACAACAACACAAACACCAUAUCAAAACCCUUAGCUAAAACCGAGAAAAUACAAAUUGUUUAUAAUUUUUUGUACAGCAACAAUACCCGUCAACAGACCGAAUACACACAAGAGGUCAUUUGCCCCUGGUGCGGCUUAGACUGUAUGCGUUUGUAUUCACUGUUGAAACAUUUGAAAUUAUGUCAUGCACGAUUUAAUUUCACUUAUCAGCCGGCUGCUCAAAAUGGUGCUAGAAUUGAUGUUACCAUAAAUGAUUCAUAUGAUGGUUCAUAUGCUGGUUCGCCGUAUGAUUUAGCCGGACCAUCGGGUUGUUCGUUUGCACGUACGUGUGGUCCCGUACGUCGUACUAGUGUUACGAAUUUAUUGGUUUGUCGUCCACGACGACAGAAGACAUGUUUGGAUGAGUUUUUGGUUUUGGACGAAGAUGAUUUGAGUAAUCAGAGGCCUUAUAUAACGGGUCAUAAUAGACUUUAUCAUCACACCGAAACCUGUCUGCCAGUCCAUCCCAAAGAACUCGAUAUCGAUUCGGAAGGUGAAAGUGAUCCCUUAUGGUUGCGUCAAAAGACCAUACAAAUGAUUGAUGAAUUCACUGAUGUCAAUGAGGGCGAAAAAGAGCUAAUGAAAUUAUGGAAUCUACAUGUCAUGAAACAUGGCUAUGUGGGUGAUUGUCAAUUACCUUUGGCCUGUGAAAUGUUUCUUGAUGCCAAUGGCCAUGAGAUAAUACGUAAAAAUAUCUAUCGUAAUUUCAUUUUACACAUGUGUUCCCUCUUCGAUUAUGGUCUAGUAUCACCAGAAACUUUAUAUAAAACUGUACAAAAACUACAGGGUAUUUUGAGUAAAUAUCGUGAUGGACAAGAAAUGAUGUCUAAACAACGUGAGGCUCAAUUAAAAUAUUGGCUAGAGGUGGGUAUACAUAAACAAGAUGAACAAAAACUCAAAUCACCACAAAAACCUGUAGCGCCAACAAUAACAAAUGCUAAUAAUGCAGUGGCCGAAAGUAAAGGUGAUAAAGCCAGUGAUGCUAAAAACUCUAUGCAGCCACCUAGCAAACGUACUUCUACUGCUGUUAAACGUUCUAGUGUUAAUGCUAAUGGCGGCAGUGUAAAUGGUGCUGCUGGAGAAAAACUUAGCAAUGGUAAAAGUGUAGCACGCAAGUCAGCUACUCAGGAGGAUGAUGCCAAAGAGAAAUCCAAUAGUUUAAAGAGAACGGCAAAUGGUGAUAGAAAAUCAGAAGCCAAAACUAAAAGCGAGACAGACAACAAUAAAACUCAAGCAGCUAAAAGAAGACUUUCUACAAGGGAUGAUAAUAGUGUUGAUGUUGAUGGUGCUGCCAAUGAUGAUAAUAAAAAACAAAAGAAAAGUGUUUUUAAAAUACACGAACAUCAUCAUCACUUCGAUGAGGUUGUGGUGGCAAAGCCAAUGCCACCUGAGGAGUUUAGCAAUAAUAAUAAUGAUAAUAAUACAAAUAAUUGUUCUAGUACUAGUGGUUCUUCAUCUAUUAUUUUAAAGUGAUUAUUAUUAUUUUAUUAUUGUAUGAGUUUGAAUAUUUUAAUUAUUAUUUUAGCUUUAAGUUGAGGUUUUAAAUUAUUAGGAAAUUUACAAAGCAAAGUUUUGUAAGGGAAACAGUGUUGAAAAUUGUAUUUCUGUGGAAAAUUCUAUAAAGCGAAUUCAUUUCUAUGGAAAUUUCCAUAAGGCGAAUUUUUUUCUAAGGAAAAUUCUUUAAGGCUAAUUCAUUACUGUUGAAAUUUACUAAGGCGAUUUAUUUUGUAUCAAAAAAUCAAUAAGGCGAAUUCAUUUCAGUAAAAAAUUCAACAAGGCGAAUUCUUUAAUGUAAGCAAUAGAUAAGGCGAAUUCAUUUCCAUGAAGAAUUCAAUGAGGCGAAUUCAUUUCUAUGAAGAAUUCAAUAAGGCGAAAUCAUUUUUGUAUGAAAAAUUCAUUUCUAUGAAAAAUUCAAUAAGGCGAAUUCAUUUAUAUGAAAAAUUCAAUACGGCGAAUUCAUUUCUCUAUAAAAUUCAUUAAGGCGAAUCCAUCACUGCAUAAAUUUUAUAAAACGAAUUCAUUUUUGUAAAAAAAAUAACAAGGCGAAUUCAUUUUUACAAAAGUUUUAUAAUGCGAAUUCAUUUUUAUGGAAAAUUUUGCUAAGGCGAAUUCAUUUCUACUGAUUUCUCUAUGGCGAAGACAUCUCUUUAGAAAAUUCAAUUAAGGCGAAGACAUCUUCUUAGAAAAUUUAAUUAAUGAGAUUUUUUUUUCAAGAAAAUUCUAUAAAGCGAAUUCAUUUCUGUGGAAAAUUCACUAAGGCGAAUUCAUUUAUAUGGAAAAUUCACUAAGGCAAAUUCAUUUUUGAGAAAAUUUCAAUAAGGCGUAUUCAUUUCUACGACAAAUUCAAUUAGGCGAAUUCAUUUUUAUAAAAAGUUAACUAAGGCGAAUUCAUUUCUAUAAGAAUUCUAUAAGGCAAAUUAUUUUCUAUAUAAAUUUGAAUUUGUUCUUCCAAAACUACUAUAAGGCAAAUUCAUUUUUAUGGAAAAUUCACGACGCCGAAUUAAUUUCCUUAAAAAAUACAAUAAGACGAAUACAUUUCUGUAAGAGUUUAAUAAGGCGAAGUCAUUUCUGUAUAAAUUUAUUAAUGCGAAUACAUUUCUAUGAAAAUCCACUAAGACAGGCUCUUUUCUAUGUAAAAUUCAAUAAAGCGAAUUCAUAUUCACGAAAAACUUAAUAAGGCGAAAUCAUUUCCGUAUGAAUGUAAAAUUCUAUGAAAAAUUCAAUAAGGCCAAUUUAUUUCUAUAUGAAACUCACUAAGGCGAAUUCAUUUCUAUAAGAAAUUCAUAUAUUAAACAGAAAAUUUACUAAGGCGAAUUUAUUUAUGUAAGAAUUUAUAAAGGCGAACUCAUUUAUAUUGAAAAUUUGAUAAGGCGAAUUAGUUUUAAUAAAAAUUGUAAAAAGGCGAUUUAAUUUUUAUAGAAAAUUCACUAAAUAAAUUCAUUUCUCUAACAAUUCUACAAGGCGAAUUGUUUUCUAUAGAAAAUUCAAUAAAGUAAAUUUGUUUCUAUGAAAAUUUCAAUAAGGCGAACUAAUGUUUAUGCUAAAAACUAUAAGGCAAAUAAAUUACUGAAAAAAUUUUAUAAGGCGAAUUCAUUUUUUUGAAAAAUUCUAUAAAGCGAAUUCACUAAAACAAAGACCAACUCCUUUCUGUUGAAAAUUCAAAAAGACGAAUUCGUUUUUAAGAAAAUGUAUAUAAAGGCGAAAUUGUUUUUAUGAAAAAUUCACUAAGACAAAUUAAUUUCUUUAAGAAUUCUAUAAGACGAAUUAGUUUCUAUGAAAAUUUCAGUAGGCGAAUUCAUUUUUAUGAUAGAAACUAUAAAACAAAUUAACAUCUGUCAAAAAUACUUUAAGGCGAAUUCAUUUCUUUGAAAAAUACUAUAAAGCGAAUUCACUAAAACAAAUGCAAAAUUAUUUCUAUUGAAAAUUCAACAGGGCGAAUUCGUUUUAAUGCAAAAUUCAAUAAGGCGAAUUAAUUUCUACAGAAAAUUCACUAAAACAAGUGAAUUUCUU